CCCCGUCCACCGCCGACCCGGCCUCGUCGACCAAAGACUCGUGGCUCGACAAGGGCUGGCCCCUCACCCGCUUCCUCGGGUACCGCCCACCGCCUCCACCGCGACACCAGCAGCCGACGACGGUCGCCCACCACACGGCCGAGAAGGUCCUCCCUGCGCCACUGCGCGAGCGACACCGCGACAAGCGCGCGAGUGGCGACAGCCAGGACGGCCUGCGCGACCGCGACCGCGUCGAGGAGGGCGGCGGCGGCAAAGGCGGCGAGGCGGGUGAGCAGGGCCCGAGUUUGGGCAAGAGAGCGAGAGAGAAGCUGUGGGACAUGCUCUUGACGAUGCUCGGCUGCUUUGGCGGCAUCGCCUUCGUCUCGCUCUCCUCACGGUCACCCGCAUUUGCCGGCCGCAACGCGCCGCUCAUCGUCGGUUCGUUCGGCGCCGAGGCCGUCCUUCUCUACGCCGCGCACACCUCUCCCCUCACCCAGCCCCGGUGCGUCAUUGCGGGCAACACGAUCUCGGCCAUCCUCGGCGUGUGCGUCGCCAAGCUGUUCCUCUACAAGCCCGGGUUCACGGUCGGCGACAUCUUUGGCGUCAACUGGGCUGCCGCCGCAUGCUCGCUCGCCCUCUCGCUCUCGGUCAUGCAGCUCCUCGAGAUCACGCACCCACCUGGCGGCGCGACGGCCCUCCUCGCCGUCACGAUCCCGCAAGUCGCCAAGCUCGGGUGGUGGUACGUCCCGCUCGUGCUCCUGUCGAGCCUCAUUAUGCUCGCGUGGGCCCUCGUCAUCAACAACCUCGGCGGGAGGCGGUACCCCACCGAGUGGUUUUGGAAAUCGAGGUGGAUCGUCUUGUAGCGCGAUCGGGCGCGAGGAGGAGGACGAGGAGCAGGUGCAACCAGAGCGGCUCUAUCGCGCAAGGCAAGCUCUC